UUAUCACCUACACGUGGCAACAUCAUCACUACUUGUCUUCUGGUUUUUUGUUCCCUGUUUGUUGUUUUUUUGGUUUUUUGUUUUGGUCCCAGCUGGAAGAUGAUAUUAUAGCCAAAUCUGAUUAUAUUCAAAGUAUAAAAAACUUUGCUGCUAAACAGCCCCAAGAGUGGAUGAUUCUGGAGUUCUCCCAGCUUGGAUUUAUUGGAAAAUUGUUUAAAACGGAAGACCUGCCACUCAUAGUGGAUUUUUUUCUGAUGUUCCAUAAAGAUAAGCCCGUAGACUGGCUUAUAGACCACCUGCUCUGGGUUAAAGUGUGCAACCCAGAAAAGGAUGCAAUACACUGUGAAAAGGAAAAGGCAAAGUUACGUAUCAGUGCUAAACCAUCUCUCUUUCAGCAUGUGGGAAUUUAUUCAUCCUUGGCUGGAAAGAUACAGAAUUUGAAAGAUAAAGAUUUUGGCAAAAUUGUGCUACAUAAAGCACAUAAUAAUCCACCUGCAGAAGUGGAUACAAGCCUAAGAAUAUACCAGCAAUAUACCCUGGAAAAAGUUUAUGAAGGAAAAGACUGUUUUUGGGCUUCAGCUCCAAUGGCAGGAGACUACAUCAGCUUCACCUUUUUAAAUCCACUAAAAGUUGAAAAGUACUUCUUCAGAAGUGGAAACAUGGAGCACCCUGGUGAUAAGCUGUUUAACACUACCGUGGAAGUGUUGCCAGCUGAUGAAAUGAUAAGAAAAGAACUGGUUGACAAUGGAAGUAAAUUUAACUACCCAGCAACCAAAGACGGAUAUUUAAAAAUAGGGACUUUUGAAAAUGGAAUUGCAGAAGGCAGUAUCAAUCAGUCAAUAGGAAAAAUACAGGCUAUUCGUUUAUCAGUCAAUUCUGAUUCUCCUGUAUGGGCAAUACUCAGUGAGGUACUUAUCAAGACAUCUGAAAACUGA